UUCAUUUGCUCGGUAGAUAAACUUUAGCUCGGUAUGACAACAACAAUACCACAAAAACAAUCUUUUACAUACUGUAGAUAUGCAAAGUCGUGCAACGUCGUCCAUACAAAAUCAGAUUUUUAUUAGUCUAGGCGCUACACCCCCUGCCCCAUCAUGUUUUCCUUCCAUAGACCUAAGGUAUACAGAUCGUCAACGGGAUGCUGUAUUUGUAAGGCAAAAUCAAGCAGUUCCAGAUUUACGGAUAGUAAAAAAUACGAAGAAGACUUUAUGAAAUGCUUCAAAUUGGCUGAACCUCGUCAAGGCGAGAUUUGUAACGCUUGUGUCCUUUUGGUCAAACGAUGGAAAAAACUCCCCGCCGGCUCCGAUCGCAAUUGGAAACACGUGGUGGACGCCCGCGCCGGUCCCGGAAUGAAAUCCAUGUCGAAAUUCAAAAGUAAGAGUAAGAAAAUGGACGAAAAUUGCGAUAAAAUCAAGAAAAAGAAGCAUUUCGAUCGCGAGUACAGUCCGUUGUCUGAUAACGAGGAUGUGGAAAUGACUGAAGUGGACUUUUUGUGUGAAGAUGGCCCCAGUGGUGGGUCGAGUCGCACGACGAGUCCAAGGGAUAGUGAUAGCGAGGAAAACGUGGUGAAAAGCAGGAGACAUAAAGGUCAGGCGAAGAGAAGGGACGGAAGUCUUCCGGAAAUGAGCGAUUUUAUUUGUCCAGAGUAUUGGAAAAGGGAAACGAUUUGUUGCGGGACAAUCUUCAAAGGAAUGUGCGGAGAAGUGAUCGUCGAUAAUCGAUUUUUGAAAGCUUGUUCGGCACGUAUGCGGUGUAAGUUGGCAACGCACGAGGUUAAAACCGAACCGGAAGUUGGAGUCACGAAAAUGUUCAGUGAUAGCAGUUCGGAUUCAGGUUAUGACGAGUCUUCGAAUCAAGGCACAAUAAGUGGAGAUAGUGCCUUCAAAAAAGAACAAGUUAGUAUAGAGGAGUUAAACAGUCAGAUCAAAAACAAUUAAUGUAUGCUCUCUUUAGAUUGUUUUAAUUUAUUGAUACAUAUUGAUCGUUGUGUUUGUAAAGAUUUAUGCCUUUCUUGCAGAUUUUUGCUAGUUUUUUUUACCAGUUGAUAUUGCAUUAUUGUUUUAGUACUUAAUUUUAUUCGAUAUGUUGCACAAAAAUAUUAUACAAAUGUUAGUUCUGCUUGUUUGUAUAUAUUUCUGAAGAAAAGCAUAAAUCCGUUUUUUUUUUUUCUCAUGGUGACACAGUACAAAUGAUGAAAAAAUUGGUAAUUUCCAAUAUUUUUCUCCUGCUCAACCAACCAAGUCACAGGGUGAAAUAUUUGAAGUUGUAAUUUAUAAUAAUGUAGAUUUGUCUGUGACGGGAAAUUUUUGACGUUGGAUAUUCCAAAUCAAUCUGUUGAUUGGGUCCAAAAGUUUAUUAUUACGAACGACACCAUUUUUAUUAUCAACAAAUUUCAAUCAAAAGUCAAUUGUUUAUAGACACAAAGAUAAAAUUUACUUCAUCACUGAGAUUUAUUUAUUGUUUGGCAGUGUAAAAGAUUCUAUUUUCCCAUUCCGUUGUUGUGAUGUGUUAAAUUAUUUAAAUUAUAUAAUUUCAUUACUCUGCCUUGAAUAAAUACGACCGACUGACUAGAAGUAACGCGUAAUUUUAUCUGUGUGUUUGUGCAAUUCUCUUUAAAUCUGUUGUUUGAAGCAAUAUAUUGUUUAAAAAUCGGAUCAUAUCGUAAUUGUGGUGUCUUGAACUUACUGCCAAAUACUAAAGUUAUGACACACAAGUGUUCCUCUUCUAGAAAAACACAAACUAUGCUAAGUAUUUUAGAAUAAACUUUAUAAUAAUAAUAAUAUAAAAAGAGCGCUCGUUUUUCGUAUUAUUUUUUGAAGGCAGCAAUAUCAUCAGGUUGUUUCUACAAGAUAAUUUCACUUUAAGAAACUUGUUUUUAAAUUGAAAUUAUCUUAUUUCGAUGGAGACUCGUUUCAUCAUACAUUAAUUUAGUGCAUUAAUAAAAAAGAGUUUAUGCAACAUUAUUUAUUAUUUUGAAUAUUAUUUUUACUAGAUUAUAUUUUGUAAAUUAGAGGGUAUAUUAUACUUUUAAGAAAUGCCUAUAGACUGCAAGCCUAGUCGUUUUUGUAUGAUGUAAUUGCAAUUAUUACAUGAAUCUCCUAUUGAGUUUAUCGAUUCCAUGAUUGGCAUUAAUUUUUCAUUGCAGAAGGGAGAAGAUUCGCAACAUUUAACUUAUUAUAACUGCCAUGAAUAAUAAAAUGUUCUAUAUUUUUUUACAUCACUGGAAUGACGAUGAGAAAGAAUGUACUUGCUGUAAAAAAGUGUAGAUUUUUAACGUGGAUCUCAGUUAUUUGUGAAAUGCAUACAUUCUUCUUUAAUUCACAAAUUAUAUUGAUUAAAAAAGUAUUAUGAUAUAUGUAUAUUCGUAAUUAUUAAGAUUAUGUACGAUAAAAUAGAUAUAUAUUUAUUUCAAAUUUGUAUAAUCUGUACAUUUGGCUAGCUUUGUUUUAUGUUUGUUAAGUUUUUCUCGCAUGAAAUACUCUUCCAAUUAUUAAAUAAUAAAAAAUCUGACCUGAAUGCUUCAGGCCUUUUAAAUAUUUAACGUAAUUUCGAACGAAAAUCAUGGAUGAGGGUAAAAGUAGACUAUUUUUGAUAAACAUCAAACGUUUAGGAAAAUUUUGGAAUAAAAAAUUAACAGCUAGCCAAUUGAUAUGAGUUUUCUAGGAGUUUCACCAUGUAUAUUCUAAAUUUUAUCAUUUUCUAAAAAAAAAUAUAAAAUCAAAUAAAUUGUUGUUAGUAAAGCCAAAUUGUUACUAAUGCAAUAAUAUUAACAGCAAUUGUUAUAGAUAUCACGGAUGUUAAGGUUGAAGCUAUAAUAAAAUAUUUUAUAAAUGAGUGUAAGAAACUAAGUUUCGAGGCUUUUAAAGUCGAGUUUUAGCUAAGGACCUAAAUGGUAUUACUAGAAAUGAUUCAUUACUAGAUUUGUAGAACAUUUGUUUUGUCCGUGGUUUUUUGUGAAUUUUAUUGUAAUUGAGUGUUUCCAAUUCCAUGCAAUAUGUGAGAAAAUUCGUUCUGUAUUGUGUAUUUAUCAAUAAACUUUAAAUAUAUUUCUAA